UAGGGGGCCACUGUACUAGAAUAUUAACAGGAAGAUCCUUGGAACUUUUAAUUUGACAGGCUUGUCCUCACCCGGAUGCGUUAUCUAUAUAGCCUACAACUGAAGCAAAACACAUUACGUUCAGGUUCUAGGCUACCUUAAGUUGGGUCCCAACUUGGGCAUGUCCAUAAACAGUUUCAUUAAUUGAAUUUGAAGAACUUUUCCUGAGGGACUGUAGAGGACAACCUACUCAUUUCAACAUAGCCUUCUUACAAGGACACGUGAUAGUCUGUCACUUCUACUUUGGCGUUCAGUCAUUCACCCUUUUUUUGAUUUGUUUGGGUUGCAGUAUCAAACGCCAUGGAAGUCUUUAACCAUGUAAAAGAGUUUGCGGAGGAGCAUACAACUUGGCUUGCGAUUGUCCUCAUUACUGGAACUGGCCUUAUCACAAUUCGCAGAUGGAUGGCUGGUGGGAUAUGCCGCAGCAAAGCCCGACUAGAUGGCAGAACAGCAUUGAUCACCGGAGCGAAUACAGGGAUAGGGAAAGAAACAGCUGUGGACUUAGCCGGCAGAGGUGCGAGGGUGAUCCUGGCGUGUAGAGAUAUGGGCCGGGCGAACCAAGCUGCGGAUGAGAUCAGGAAACGAAGUGGGAAUGGGAACGUGGUGGUGAAGCAGCUGGACCUGGCCUCCUUGCAGUCUGUGCGCGCACUAGCCGCUGAUGUAAAGGCCAGUGAGGAGCGUCUGGAUAUUCUCAUCAACAAUGCAGGAAUUAUGAUGUGUCCAAAAUGGAAGACAGAGGACGGCUUUGAGAUGCAGUUUGGGGUGAACCACCUGGGUCAUUUCCUUCUGACCAACAGUCUGCUGGACCUGCUGAAGAAGUCGGCCCCCAGCCGAGUGGUCAACGUGUCCAGCUUGGCCCAUGAGAAAGGAAAAAUUCACUUUGAUGACAUAAAUUUGGAUAAAGAUUAUAACCCCAUGAAGAGCUACAGGCAGAGCAAGCUGGCAAACGUGCUCUUCAGUCAAGAGCUAGCAAAGAGAUUGGAGGGCACAGGCGUGACUGUGUACAGCCUCCACCCAGGUGUGAUCCGCACUGAGCUGGGACGCCACCUGUGGCCCACCAUUGCUCUUUGGAAACGGCUGUUCUUUCAGCCCCUCAUACUGUUCAUCAAGUCCCCGUGGGAGGGAGCACAGACCAGCAUUUACUGCGCUGUGGACGAGAGCCUGCAGAACACCAGCGGCCUCUACUACAGUGACUGUGCCCCUAAGCAGGCAGCACCCCAGGCGUGUGAUGCUGCUGCUGCUACGAAACUCUGGGACAUAAGUGCAUCCAUGGUGGGACUGGCUUAAGAGAAGAAACUCCCUCUUUACCAAACACACACACACACACACACACACACAAAUAUGCCUAAG